GCUCAGCCCGGCCCCGCUCGGCCCCGCCGCUGCCGCUGUCUCGCCCGCUCCGCCCGGCCCCGGUCCCACGGCAGCCCCCAUGCCCCGCCUCGGAGCCAAGGUGUGCCUGCUCCGCUGCUCCCUGCUGCUGUCCCUCCUCCUCCUCCUGCUCCGCAUCCAUGAGACGGAGCAGAACAGCUACUGCGAGCAGAUCAUCACCGAGAGGCACCUGGCCGAGCUGGAGGAGCUGGCUGACACCCAGAUGCAGCACCCGGGCAGGGUCUCCUUCAAGUUCAUUGACAAGAUGCAGUUGAAUGACUCCACCUGCUAUGUGAAAGCUGCUUUUCCCCUGAUGGGCAAGAUCCUAGAGAGAACAGAGUUCAAGGAGAAUUCACCCAAUGCCAAGAAGAUGGAGACGGUGCGCAGGAUGUACAAAAGCAUCGAUGACAACAUGGACCCCUGCAUCAGGGAGGAGGAUGAUGAGGAGAGAAUGCUCUCACAGAUGUGCUUCAAGGAGUUCACUACGUCCCCCUACGAGAUGCUGGUGCUGGUGAAGGAUUUCUUCCAGGACAUCAAGCGCCUGCUGGAGGAACAGGAGACUUUUGCGAAGGAUUGCAGCCGAGUCUAUCGCAGGGUGUGCCUGGGACCCAAGAAGGCUGGAUCCUCACCAGGUGUGGGGACAGAUCCUGACUGCAAUUGCCUGUCCCCUGCCCUCCCUUCUGCCACCCAGCCCUCCCUCUCUGCUGCCGCUGGCAGGGACACGGCACCCGCUAGCACCCGGGUCCCUUCCAGCCUCCUCCAUGCCACCCUCGCUGACUUAGAGGCCCCAUCUCAGCCCCCCAGUAGCACGGACGGGGGCUCAGGGACCGAGGAGGUCCCGGCUGCCGGGCUAGGUGACACAGCGCUGGCCCCCGGGAUGAAGCAGACAGCUCCAGGCAGCAGUGCCGAAGCCCUCCAGGAUCCGGCCGGGACCCUGAGCCUGGCGCUGGGUGACAUCCCCGUCUCCGCGGGGAUGGAGAGCUGGUGGAGUGGGGCACCGGGCACCUGCCGCAGGAUCCAGGCCAGCAGUGGGGAGGCUCCAUCCUCCCGGAGCAGCGCGGCGGGCUCAGGACCAGCCCUCCGACAGCAUCGCCCGGCGCAGCCCGGAUCCGCCCCGCGGGCGGUCACACAGCUCCGCUUCUCCAGGAUGGCCCCGGAGCUGCGAGCCCCGGGCAGGGACAGGGCCAGGGCGUGGGGCUGGGGGCUCAGCCGGCUGCGGGGCCCCGAGGAUGGCGGCGGGGCCGGGCCCAGCUUUGACUCUGCCUUUGUUCUGGGCGCAGAGCAGCGCAGGAAGGAGCCGCCCGCCAGCGAGGGCCGCCAGGAGCCCCUCAUCUACAUUACGGUGGCCAGUGUGGUGGCCGUCCUGCUGGCCACGGGAGGGCUGCUCUUCUACAAGUAUAAAUCCAGGGUCCUGCAGCGGCCGCUGGAGGAUGGAGGCUGCGACCCCGAGGAGCCAGAGAGGAGGGCGCUGCAGGGAGCAAGGGAAUGUUCAGAGCUGGAGACUCAGGAUCUCUGAGGGCCCCCGGCAGGAUGUGAAGCUGCUCGGGGGACGGAUGCGGACGGAAGGAGGGUUGGCACGCGCCGGCCUCGCCGCGAUCCCACCGUGACGCUGACACUCCCUCUGCCCUCGCCCCGUGCCCGUGGCCAGAGACUGCAAAAAACUCCCUGGCAGGGACAGAAGGAUGGGGGGAUGUGCCCUGAGUGGGACCCCUGGGCAGCAGGAAGCGAAGAAGGGCUGGAGCCAUGCCUGCAGGCUGGUGUGAUGCUGCGGUGCUGAGCGGGACCAUGGAGUGCUGGAUGUGGGUGAUGGAGCUGAUCCCACUUGAACACGGCCAGAGCUGGAUGAAGAUGGAAGGAAUUGGCUCCCCAAGUCCUCUGGCUCUUCUCCCAUCCCAGCAGAGUGGGUUUGGAGCAGCACCCAUCACCCCUCUUCACCCUGCCUUUCCUGAGGCUUCAACUGGAGCAUCCUGAAUUCUGGGGGGACCCCCAGCCCUGACUUGCAACUCAAACCCUCACACUGUGAAUAUUUAAAGCCCACCCAUCCCUGCACGGGGCUGGGUUUGGGGUGACCCUUGGCACCAUCCCAGCCCCUCCCCAUCCUCCUGUUGUUAGGGCUUAUUUUUUAUUUUUUAGUAGAGUGGAUGAAAGUCUUUAUUCUGCACAAGUGUUCUGGGGGGGGCUGUGUGCCCCUCACAGGGUCCUCACCACGAGCUGGCCUCGCUGGGAUUCCAUUUCUUUGGUGACUGCGCUUUGGAGAAGGGAAUGGGGCUGGGAAAGAUGGGAUCCACGUGGGUGUAAGAGCUGGAACUGUCCCAGCUGGGCACCCUGGGGCUUUGGGAAGAGCCUGGUUUGGGACACACCAGCCCUGGAGAUGCCCUAAAAUCCAACGGCUCCCUCCAGCCCCGGAUGAAGCGUGGCCCCUGCGCUGCUCUGGGAGUUUCAAGCAUUAUUUUUAUAUGAAGGAUGAAAAUAUGGACAAACCCAACUGUUUUUAAAGAAAGCAUCACUAUUAAUUAGGGUUUUUUUAUAUAAAUAUAUAUAUAUGUGUGUGUAUUUAUGACUGGCAGAAGGAGGGGGUUCCUGGGCGAGGGACUGGUGUAAAUCAGGAUAAAAGCCCUGAUGCAGCAGGAAGUCUGGGGCCAAACUCCUGGUGGUGUAAGUCACCAGUUUACACUGUGGAGGAGCUGCUCCUGGGGGAGAAAACUUGCCUUUACCCAUGUUGGAUUUAUUUUGCCUUUUUUUGUCGUUGUUGUUGUUUGGUUGGGGCUUUUUUGUUGGUUUUGGGAUGGGUUUGUUGUUUUUUUUUUUUUUUUAUACAAUGAAAUCCUGAAAUAUUUUAUACAAAGGCAUUUAAAAGUCUAUUUAAAGAAAAUAAUG